UGGGUUUUCUGGAAGCUGGGAGCAGCAGCGCUGGAGUUAUGAGGGGGAACUAGAGCAACGGCAGCGAGCAAGGGAAAAGCCUCGCGCGUUUCAGUAAAGCCCUGCGCGUGGGUAGAAUGAGUAGAAUCAACUGAACUGCGCACUUUAAUAACAGCCUACAUUUUUAUCCCAGAAACGGCGUGUGGUUCUUUUUUUGGGCUCGACAGAAUCGAGUUAGUUAGUUUAGCGUUUAGACGACUUAACCCACUUGGUUCCGUGACUUCAACAGCGAUUAUUUUGGAGUUGUUUUUAACGUUUGAAUUACCUCAGCCUCGAGUGGCGGGAUUAAGGGGGCCGGGAGAGAGGGAGGAGAAGGUGGGGCAGAGUGAGUCAAACGGACCGAGCGCUCACUACUGUCCGCCCGCUUCAACCGAACCACCAACGGAUAUUUUUUUCCCUUUAAAAACGACAGGAAUCAAUCAUUUUUUGUUCAGCGGAAUUUGGAGAGCAACAACGUCGGCUGUCAGCGUUGCUUUUUCGCCGCACAUUCCAGGUACUCUGAAGUAUCUACGCUGUAAUCCUCUGAUAUUUACCAUUUGGACGGAUUUUUUGGGGGGAGUGUAAAUUCCCCGGUCUUGUUGGACCAUGGCCGACGACGACGUGCUCUUUGAAGAUGUUUACGAGCUGUGCGAGGUCAUUGGCAAGGGGCCGUUUAGUGUGGUACGAAGAUGCAUCAACAGGGAGACGGGCCAACAGUUUGCCGUGAAGAUUGUAGAUGUGGCCAAAUUCACCUCCAGCCCUGGCCUCAGCACAGAAGAUCUGAAGAGGGAAGCGAGCAUCUGCCACAUGCUGAAACAUCCUCACAUAGUGGAGCUUCUGGAGACCUACAGCUCUGAUGGGAUGCUCUACAUGGUGUUUGAGUUCAUGGACGGAGCAGAUCUUUGCUUUGAGAUUGUGAAGAGAGCAGACGCUGGUUUUGUUUACAGUGAGGCAGUAGCCAGUCACUACAUGAGACAGAUCCUAGAGGCUUUGCGGUACUGCCAUGACAACAACAUCAUUCACCGGGAUGUGAAGCCUCAUUGUGUGUUGCUGGCAUCAAAGGAGAACUCUGCUCCGGUGAAACUUGGAGGCUUUGGUGUGGCGAUACAGCUGGGAGAGUCUGGAUUAGUGGCUGGAGGCCGGGUGGGCACUCCGCACUUCAUGGCCCCUGAGGUGGUGAAAAGAGAACCGUACGGUAAGCCUGUGGAUGUUUGGGGCUGCGGAGUCAUUCUCUUCAUCCUCCUGAGUGGCUGCCUGCCCUUCUAUGGCACCAAAGAGCGCCUGUUUGAAGCAAUCAUUAAAGGAAAAUAUAAGAUGAACCCCCGGCAAUGGGGCCAGAUCUCCGAGAGUGCCAAAGACCUGGUACGCCGUAUGCUGAUGCUGGACCCUGCAGAGAGGAUCACAGUAUAUGAAGCUCUCAACCACCCCUGGCUCAAGGAGAGAGACCGCUAUGCCUACAAGAUCCACCUUCCUGAGACUGUUGAGCAGCUGAGGAAGUUCAAUGCCAGGAGGAAGCUAAAAGGUGCAGUGCUUGCCGCAGUUUCCAGUCACAAGUUCAACUCUUUCUACGGAGACCCACCUGAAGAACUGCCUGACUUUUCUGAAGACCCUACUUCAUCAGGACUACUAGCAGCGGAAAGGGCUGUGUCACAAGUGCUAGACAGUUUGGAGGAAAUCCAUGCGCUGACGGACUGCAGUGAGAAAGACCUGGACUUUCUACACAGCGUCUUCCAGGACCAUCACCUCCACACAUUGCUUGAUCUGUACGACAAGAUAAACACCAAGUCUUCACCACAAAUCAGGAAUCCUGCUAGUGACGCAGUUCAGAGAGCCAAAGAGGUACUGGAGGAGAUUUCAUGUUACCCGGAGAAUGCAGACGCUAAAGAACUGAGACGGAUUCUAACCCAGCCCCAUUUCAUGGCCUUACUUCAGACUCAUGAUGUUGUGGCACAUGAGGUGUACAGUGACGAGGCACUGAGGGUACCCACCCCCACAUCACCGUAUCUCAACGGAGACUCACCCGAGAGCACGAACGGAGACAUGGACAUAGAGAACGUUACACGAGUGCGUCUGGUUCAGUUCCAGAAGAACACGGACGAACCGAUGGGCAUCACGUUGAAAAUGAACGACUUGAACCAUUGCAUCGUGGCAAGAAUAAUGCAUGGAGGAAUGAUCCACAGACAAGGAACAUUGCAUGUUGGAGACGAGAUCCGGGAGAUCAACGGCAUAAGUGUAGCAAAUCAAACGGUGGAGCAGCUUCAGAAGAUGCUUCGGGAAAUGAGAGGCAGCAUCACCUUUAAGAUUGUGCCAAGCUACCGCACACAGCAGUCGUCCUGUGAGAAAGAAUCCCCCUCCACCUCCAGACAGUCCCCUGCUAAUGGCCACUCCAGCAUUAACAGUUCUAUCUUGGACUUGCCGUCAACCAUCCAGCCAAAAGGACGCCAGAUCUAUGUACGGGCACAGUUCGAGUAUGAUCCUGUGAAGGAUGACCUCAUCCCCUGCAAGGAGGCAGGAAUUCGUUUCAGGGUGGGUGACAUAAUCCAGAUUAUCAACAAAGAUGACCAUAACUGGUGGCAAGGCAAGCUUGAAAACACCAAGAACGGCACAGCUGGACUGAUUCCCUCACCUGAACUUCAGGAGUGGCGGGUGGCCUGUAUAGCCAUGGAGAAAACCAAGCAAGAACAGCAGGCAAGCUGUACUUGGUUUGGCAAGAAAAAAAAGCAGUACAAAGACAAAUAUCUAGCAAAGCACAACGCAGUCUUUGAUCAACUAGAUCUGGUCACAUAUGAGGAAGUAGUGAAGCUGCCAGCAUUCAAGAGGAAAACGUUAGUUUUACUAGGUGCUCACGGUGUUGGCCGAAGACACAUCAAGAACACACUCAUCACCAAACACCCAGACAGAUUUGCUUAUCCCAUUCCACACACAACCAGACCUCCAAAGAAAGAUGAAGAGAACGGCAAGAAUUAUUUCUUUGUAUCCCACGACCAAAUGAUGCAGGACAUCUCCAACAACGAUUACCUGGAGUACGGCAGCCACGAGGACGCGAUGUACGGCACGCGGUUGGAGACAAUACGCAAGAUCCAUGAGCAGGGACUCGUAGCCAUACUGGACGUAGAGCCACAGGCAUUGAAGGUUUUACGGACAGCUGAAUUCGCUCCCUAUGUGGUUUUCAUUGCUGCACCAACUAUCACUCCUGGCAUGAAUGAGGACGAGUCAUUACAGCGGCUGCAGAAGGAGUCCGAGAUCCUCCAGAAGACAUAUGCACACUAUUUUGACCAAACCAUCAUCAAUAACGAGAUUGACGAGACUAUCCGGCUCCUGGAGGAAGCCAUAGACCUGGUUUGCACCACGGCCCAGUGGGUUCCAGUGUCCUGGGUCUACUAAAACGGCAAACCCAUCAACCUGUAACCUUACACCUGUCAUAACCUCACAAUUUGCAGUGCAUCUCUGCAAGAAAAAAAAACAAAAACAAAACUUCAGAACUUUCCCAUGAUGCAAACAGAAGCCACCUCUGACGUUCAACAACAUCGAUGUACCUGCAGUGAGCCCGGUCUUGGCCCCUCACAGACUACCUAGACGUAGUGUUGUAUUAAUGAAAAAAAAAAUCAAUAAAAUAAAUUACUAAAUAUUGUCAUGUCUAUAUAGCUAGGAGGCAACAUUUUGUAGACGUUUGAUUUAAAGAGACAGUAUCCCACAUAAUGCAUUUUCCUGAAAGGAGUAUUUUUCUGUUAUUACCAGAGCGAAAGUGCAGUAUUGCUACAGCAGAAUCCUCACAGCUUUCAUCUGUCCAGCCCGUCCAUUAUCUCAGCCAUCAUACAUAAUCCCCACAUUAUCCAUGAGGCAGAGCCCAGCUGCUUUAGCACAACCCUCAGAUUCAGCUUUGCCUUUUUUUGGUUUGUUUUUCCCAUUUCACCCUCCUCUACACACGGAUACUGUCUCUCUAAAGACGUACAUAAAUGUUUUAGAGAUUUGAAUGAGAUCUCAUGCAUGUGAACAUUAACGAGCGUCCAUGCUGUAAGUGUUAGCUGUGUUCAGACCGUCACCCACAGCAGAAAACAUUCCAUUCGUCUGGAUGAACACAUUCAAACAGGUGGAGCCGGUGACGGGGAGGGAAAAAAAAAAGACCUAUGCACAUCCCUUGCAUUUUGGCAACUUUGUAAACAGUUUAUUUUUACCAAUCAUGUAGUAAAAUGUGUUUGUAAAUGGUCUAAAUUUUUAUUUGUUGUAAGAUUUGGGGGUUCGGGAUGAAAAUGAGUUUGCGGCAUUUCAGAAAUGUGUCGUUCGAGAGUAUUGUUGAAUCGGAAAUUUCAUUUUUAUUCUGUGCAGUUGUUUGAGAAAGAGGUGCAUCUGUGCACAGAGAAAAUCCAACACGGUCUGUUCAUCUGAAUGGUUCUGUACAUGACAAACUGUUUACUCAAACUGCCCUGUGUAAAUGGCUCUUGCCGAUGACGGAGCAGCUCUUCGGUAUGAGCGUGUUUUUUUAAAUAUAUUUCCUUUUAUGUGGUGAAGA